AUGACUAGUAUUAUUGCGCCGGAUCAGUAUCUUGCUGGUAUUGAAUCCGUGUCUAGGCUGAAGAAUAUAGUUCGUACCUCAAAACCAGUCGUUUGGCCCUCUGUCUUUUCUGGAAUUGAGGUAAUUGUCAACCGAGAGACGCCACAUCACCAAGAUCCAGGAGCAUCACCACCAUUCUACGACCUUCUAGUUAGCCUUGGCCAAACCAACCAGGCUAUACUAGAUCUUCCAGACUUGGGCGCCCAACUAGGUUAUCCCCCUGGGACUAUGGUAUAUAUUGCAGGCAAGGUGCUGGAACAUGGAGUCCCAGGUUGGGGUGAUGGUGAGAGGAUCGUGAUCGCCCAUUUUAUCAAGGAUAAGGUCCAUGAUAAGCAAGGCAUUCCAAGGCCAAGCUUUCUGAUCCAGCAUGAUCUUCUCAAGUGGGUGGGGGCUGGUAGAGGUCUGAAACCUGUUUGUAAGAAGAAGGUGGGAAAAAUUGAUGGGGUUGGAAGGGUAGCAGCUAGGCGGUAA